CCUGGGGCUCAGAAAGGUGGGUUUUGGACCGCCGUGGGGAGCCGCUUCCUGGCCUCCGAGACUCCCCGGCUUCCGCCUUACAGCAAACCCCCGCCCGGCCGGCCCCUGGGUCGCCAUGGAGUCCACGCUGGGCGCGGGCAUCGCGAUGGCCGAGGCGCUGCAGAACCAACUGCCUUGGUUGGAGAAUGUGUGGCUCUGGGUCACCUUUCUGGGCGAUCCCAAGAGCCUCUUUCUUUUCUACUUCCCCGCGGCCUACUACACCUCCCGCCGCGUGGGCAUCGCAGUGCUGUGGAUCAGCCUCAUCACCGAGUGGCUCAACCUCGUCUUCAAGUGGUUUCUGUUUGGAGACAGGCCCUAUUGGUGGGUCCAUGAGUCUGGGUACUACAGCCAUGCCCCAGCCCAGGUUCACCAGUUCCCCUCUUCUUGUGAAACUGGUCCAGGUGGGAAGUCCCAAACCUCCCUGUCCCCAUGUGGUUGGGGUUUGCUUCUGGAUUCCCCGGCAGGCAGCCCUUCUGGACACUGCAUGAUCACAGGAGCAGCCCUCUGGCCCAUUAUGACAGCCAUCUCUUCCCAGGUGGCCAGUCGGGCCCACAGCCGCUGGGUGAGGGUGAUACCUAGCCUGGCUUACUGCACCUUUCUCUUGGCGGUCGGCCUGUCUCGGAUCUUCCUAUUAGCCCAUUUCCCUCACCAGGUGUUGGCUGGCCUGAUAACCGGUGCUGUCCUGGGCUGGCUGAUGGCCCCCCGGGUGCCCAUGGAGCGGGAGCUAAGCUUCUACGGAUUGACCUCACUGGCCCUGUUACUGGGUGCCAGCCUCAUCUAUUGGACCCUUGUUACACUGGGCUUGGAUCUUUCUUGGUCCAUCCGCCUGGCCUCCAAGUGGUGUGAGCGGCCCGAGUGGGUGCAUGUGGAUAGCCGGCCCUUUGCCUCCCUGAGCCGCGAUUCAGGGGCUGCCCUGGGUCUGGGCAUCGCACUGCACUCUCCCUGCUACACCCAGGUACGGCGGGCACAGCUGGGACACGGCCAGAAGAUAGCCUGCCUUGUGCUGGCCAUGGGGCUUCUGGGCCCCCUGGACUGGCUGGGCCAUCCUCCUCAGAUCAGCCUUUUCUAUAUCUUCAAUUUCCUCAAGUUCACCCUCUGGCCAUGCCUUGUCCUAGCCCUUGUGCCCUGGGUGGUGCACAUGUUCAGUGCCCAGGAGACACCACCCAUCCGCUCUUCCUGACUUCCAAGUGCCUCCCGUUGCCACUUGCCCAUGACAAAGCCAACAGUCUAUGACCUCCACACUCCAGAAAGUGGGCCUCAUCCCCUUCCAGCUCCCAGCAGGCCCUGUUCAUCCUCAGUCUCCCACUGCUCCACCAUCUGGUCUUAGCCCCCAAAAAGGGCCUUCUCUCUCCCAGAAAGGCUGGUCCUCCUGCCUUCUCCCCCCCCUGAAUCCCCAGGGAGCUAAGGCAACAUCAAGACCUAUGGGCUCCUGUAACACUGUGAGGGGCUCAGAGCAGCCCCAAUAAAGUUCUUGAAUACUU